AUGACCAAUGCUGAUGUGGCUAAGAUCAUCAACUCUGAAGAGGUUCAGGCUGUCUGCCGUCCUGCUCUUGCUCCUGCUCGCCGUGUUGGCCAGAAGAAGAAUGCCCUUAAGAACCGCCAGAUGAUGGCUAAGCUUAACCCUGGUGCUCUCCAUCGUGCUAAGCUGCGUGCUCAGGCCCAGCAGGAGGGUACUCAGGCUCAUGCUCAGAAGGUUGCUGCUAUCCGUGCCCGUGCUGAGCAGGCUAAGAAGAGCGCUAAUGUCGGUAAGACCUUCUACAAGGAGCUUACUGCCGCUUAUCAGCCCUCCGUCGAGAGCGAGUCGGAGGAUGAGGAGUAA